CGCCCUCCUCUUAUCUCUCCCUCUCCACACUCCUCCACAUUCUCCACCACCAAGUCUAAACAAUUCAAUGGCGGCCGCCACCGCUACCAUAGCAGCUCUGUCGUCGCCGCCCACGGCCACGCCCUUGUUUGCCCCGCGCAGUACCGUCGCGUUCCCCCGCAGGGCGGGGGGUGGCGGCGGUCUGUUUGGCGGGGCGGGAGCGGGAGCGGGAGUGGGAGUGGGAGUGGGAGUGCGGCGGGGGGGACGGAUGACGGCGAUGGCGUACAAGGUGAAGCUGAUAACGCCGACGGGGGAGGUGGAGGUGAGCUGCCCGGAGGACGUGUACAUCCUGGACACGGUGGAGGAGCAGGGGAUCGAUCUGCCCUACUCCUGCCGCGCCGGCUCCUGCUCGUCCUGCGAGAUCGACCAGUCCGACGGCAGCUUCCUCGACGACGACCAGAUCGCCGCCGGCUACGUCCUCACCUGCGUCGCCUACCCCCGCUCCGACCUCGUCAUCGAGACCCACAAGGAGGAAGAGCUCACGGCCUAGUCAUUAAUCACAAUUCUACGUACGUACGUACUGAUCAAUCUACAUACAUGCGUACACACACAAUACGUACGUGUGUAUAACGUUGCCUGGGGAUGAUGAUAUAUGGUGCAUAUAUGCAUGUUUUAGUUUUUCAUUUGUUUUUUUCUCUUUUUUUUUUUUGGUUUUUGUUUUAUGCUUUUCUCCUUUUUGUUGAGGGGGGUUCUAAUUGAGAUCGAUGGUGGAGAAUUGGAGAGUGUUUGUUGUGUGAUCUCUGGUUGAGUUCCUUUUGAGGUUCAAUUAUUAUUAUUAUUAUUAUAUUACUAUAUCAUGAUAUGGUUAUGAGUAAUAAUUAAUAUUGUUAGUUAUGGCAAUGAUGAAAUUAAUGAUGCUUUUAUUUAUUUA